AUGUUGUUUAAUCUGUUCUUAUUUUUUCAAUGUUGUGAACAAAUCCAACGCAUUUCGUCCGUCGCCGUACCUCGUGUGCGUUAUCCCCGAGAAAGUGGUGUGAUCACUUUAGCAGACGGACAAAAAUUGACCGGACUCAAUAUUCAUUUGUCUGUUCCCAAUCUGAGCCAGAUUAAAGCCUAUUUCGGAAUUCGUUACGCCUCACUUGGCACGGCUCAUUUGUCACCGUUGAAGAGACCGGGGGUGAGACAAUCCGCGACCACCAGCGUACAGUUUGACACAUUGCCUAUAUCCAAUCUCUCCAAGACUGGAAUUUCCGUUCCGGCGUCUCCGCAUCGAUUCAGUCACUCGGUGGCCUCGUUCUUUUACGAGGCUCCGUCCGGUGUGCAUGCAAAAACCAUACUGCCGCCUGUGUGUCCUCAACCCGAUUGGAACCAGAAUCAAAUUGAAAUGGAGUUUCUACAGCCCGUGCGAAAUCGUUUGCUACGGCUGGAACCGUUCCUCCGUGAACAAAGUGAAGACUGUCUGACUUUGAAUAUAUACGUGCCACAAACCACAUAUCCUUUUGCGGCUCAAGGUUUCCUGUCACUGAAAGAAGGCCAAAGCAACGGAAACUUUGCACUGUUCGACCUUCAUGCCGCGAUCUUGUGGCUUCGCAACAAUGUGGCUAGCUUUGGAGGCGAUCCAGAGCAAAUCACCAUCAUGGGCUACAGGCAUGGAGCCGCGCUGGUUCAUCUCUUCUCUCUGUCCAAAAUGGCACAAGGUAUCGGUGGAAAAGGCAUCAAACGAAUCAUCUUGAUGGAUGGCUCUGGACUCGCACCUUGGGCAAUAUCGACUCGAGAAGACUGGCUCAUGAGUGAACUGGCAAGUCAACUGAAUGUGACUUCUGCAAAGCCGAAUAAAGAUUCAGAGAAUAGGCGUGAACCCGUAAACCCCCUGUCAUCCAGUACUGUCGUCCAGACAAGUGCUUUCAAUAACUUAAAACCCAAUCCAACCAAGAGUCAUGUGAAUUCAACGAAUGAAACCAUCAAGUAUCCGUCAGUUUCUGAGCAAUUGAUCAAGCUCUUGAAAGCGCUUCCGAUCGAUGAAAUCCUCAGGAUCCAGAAAAAUUUGAAGAUUCCUCCAUUCAUUACCUUGUUAGGUCCUGUCGCUUCACACCACUUAUUUCCGGGAUUCUUAACCAACCAGAUUAGUCCCGAAGCGGGAGCACAAAAAUCUGCCGAGCAUUUUCAAUUCCAAAACAUGCGCUCAUCGAGGUCAACUACCUAUCUGGAGAGCACUUUAUUUAGUCAAGCUGACUUGAUGGUUUGCUCGACUCAACUACCCGCUUUGGACGUCUACAAGCAUUCGCAAUGGCACGAUCGAUGGACGGACAGUUUACUCAACUUCUCGCACGCCCUCUAUCCCAGUAACUGGAAGUCUAUAACGGACCUGUUGGAAUUUGUCUACAUGAAAACGUAUCGAAAAGAACUAUCGGACCGAAAUACUGGAUCGACGUACGAAGUUUUUCUUGAGAAAGCACUGGAGCUUCUUUCUGACGGAUUAUUUUUAUCUCCAACUGUGCAAACGAUUCAAUUGCAUCACGCACUUAAAAUCUUGGAGUCCAAACACCGAGGAUCAGUGGCCGGUGUUCAUGCUACAGCAACGUCUGCAAAUCCGGAACCAAUCUCAGCCCGAAGUAACGCAUGGAUCAAACAAAAUGAAGGUUUGGCAUACUAUCUGGGGGCCCCACUGGUCAGUCCAAAUCGUUUGGAUCCAUUCGUGGAAUCCUACUCGGAAGCGGAUAAACGUAUUUCGUUCAAAAUUCUCCAAUUUUUGACGAAUUUCAUACAUUCCGGCAAUCCAAACAAGCCGAAUAUAUGGCCGUCUGCAUCGAAACCAUCCGUCUAUUGGCCCGAAUAUGACGACAAAACGGAAUCGUACCUGUCCGUGGGUCUUUUUGAAAAUCGAAAAUCGUGGGAAAUCAAACGUAACGGAGACGAAGAUCUGAUGAUAAAACAUGCAUUCCGAGAAAAAGAACUGGCAAUCUGGUCACAUCUCCUACCGCGUAUAGCUGGCUUAGGUCCCGACCCCGAAUCGCACACGAAAAAUCGAUCAGAGAACGGGGAUACGAAGCAGCCACAGAAGAAGCAGAACGAAACCACGGACAAUCUAAGUGAAUGCUCGAACAGUGAGACAUGGGCACCGAACGCGCAGAGCUAUGAAGCGCAUCUUUAUUGGCUCAAUUUGCGACAAAGACAACGGCAUGAAGAUGAAGCCUCGCUGAACGCCUCCAUGCGAAUCCUGGAAAACACGAUCACAGAGAUGGUGUUUCAUCGCGAAAGGAUACGGGAAAACCGAAGUUUUUUCUUCCGCCUCUCGCACAACUCACAUGGCGAAAAUCCGGCACAAGAACCAUUGCAGGAAGAGGAAUCGGCUGUGAUCGAUCGCGGACCCGUUCAAGUGACCAGACUUCAGGAUUUCACACAGCCUGGAGCACACCGACAACAGUCUAAGGACAACAACACAAUGACCACACGAUCCGCUUUGUUGUGGACCAUCACUGUGGGAUCUGUUCUUUUUUUGUUAAAUGCCCUAGUUUUUAUGGGCAUCUACUAUCAAGCACGUCAUAUGCGGUGUAAUCCACUCCAGACAAUCACCGUCAGUGCGAAAACAAACCGCAUGGACCGUGAAGACACCCGUGCGACGCCCGAUGACAAAGGAACCACUGGAUGCUACGGAUCUAAGAAAUCAAAAUGCGAUUCGUCAGAUCACUCAGGACUACAAGGCGGGAACCUAUACUACGGAGAUCACCUUAUGGAUGCAGCGCAGAAGUGUCCUACCUCGCCUAAUCCAUGUGUUAACGAAAACCCACCUGGACAGAAUGCUUCACUGCGACAUGGGCAACCCGUAUUUGGAUCAGUACGUGGUCAUCAGACUUUGCUUUUGACCAAUCAUGGCACGGCUCAAGAGGCAGUCAACUGGGGCAUCCAACCGCCCCGGUUCGGACUGAACGAAUACGAGCGAUUCGGAAUACGCUACACUUAA